AUGCGCAAAACGGGGGACAUGGACACAAACACAACCAAACUCCAAACCCAAUUAUUUUCCUCCGUACUCAAAAUCCACCCGUUGGCCGGCCUAAAAUUUUGCGGAAAACAUUCCACGAAUUUCGAUUUCAGAAUACGGGCCUAAUCUUCCAGUUACGUUCCCAUCGGACUGUCCAACUCACCCGAAGAGUCCCAAGGCCCUCACAAUAAAUAGCUAGCCACGAUGAGCAUCCAAACCGCCUUCCACGAAUCCCUUCCCUACAUCGACCCCGAACCAACCCAACAAGAGCGCGCAGCAGCCGAAGCCGAAAUAGCAAACGAACUCGCCACCUUCCAGCCCCCCGAACUGCCUCCCUUCCGCGAACCCAAGCUCUCCCCCCUCAUCGAAGCCGAACUCGAAAGGAUAUCCCGUAAAGAACCCCUCCAAGCGAUAGACCUCUCCCGGUACGAGGCGCAAGAACUACCAUCCGCGUCCACCUCAACCUCGUCAGAAGACCCGUCCGCUGCCGUCGACGCCCUCGCCUCCACCCUCCGCAAAGCUCACGCCUCGCACACCUACCUCACGACCCGCCUGCAGAACCUCCGCCUCCUGGACAAGUGGGGCCGCAACGCCUGGCUCCUCGGCAACUACGCCCUCGAGACCGACCUCCGCGCCCUUGAGAAGGACCUCGCCCACGCCAAGGCCCAGAUCGACGUCCUCAACAUCGCCCGCCGCCGCGCCCAGGACGACGCCGCCGGCGAGAUGGCCUCCCUUGCCGACGCCUGGCGCAGGGGCGUCGCCCGCGUCCUCGAGACCGAGGUCGCCGUCGAGAAUCUGAGGAAGGAGGUCCUGGUCGAGAUGCACAGGCGGGCGAGGAUGACCACCGCUACUGCGACGGCAGGUUGAAAAAAAGAAAAAAGAAACCCCUCCCCCUUCCGUAUACCACUUCGUUGUUUCAGGACAUUAUAUUGUACAUUAUAAAUCACGAGAUACCCCCCUCACAACGGGAUGACCGUAUGGAAAGGGAGGGCGGCUAGAAACCUGGACAACAAGUCACCUAAAGUUGGCCCAUUGAUCAGAACUGAAGAAGGAACAGACAGACAGGACUAAUGAUAAUGCGAUGAUCUCUUAUUCACAGGUAUCUGUUAUCGUCAUCGUCACUCGAACGAAC